UGAGUGUCAUAAAGGUUUGCAGCUUUAUAUAAACCGUAAACUCCCGGUCACCGGACCUCACAGCGCUGUCCGCUUCCGAUCCAGAUUAAUAUAUUUUGUGUUAUAGUCGUCACGGCCCGUUACUAUCGCGCUCAUAUCAUUAGACCGCGAAUAUUAUAAUAUUCGUCUUUGCAGAUCGACUAGGGUCAAAACCACGUAGACAUGCACCGAAACAUUUUCGUCGUCAGCUUGUUCGCAGUGGUGAUAAUUCUCCAAAUUGUCAACGGUUUGCCAACUCACCGUUUUGAUACAAAUUAUAUCAAUGAAGAGCAAAAGUUAAAUGGAAACAAUGGAUUUAUGAUACCAUCUAAUAAUAUGCCAUUUAAGAUUGAAGCAAUACAAACGAAAAAUAGACCACCUGCCUAUGGUCCAUCCGAUUCUUACUCAUCUCAACCACCUCUUACACAACAAACCUCGGACUCGCGUCCCACACCGGCAACUCGUCCUACAAUGGAAACAGCUCCCACAUCGGCAACUCAUCCUACAAUGGAAACAGCUCCCACAUCGGCAACUCAUCCUACAAUGGAAACAGCUCCCACAUCGGUAACUACUCCACCAUCGGAAACACCACCCACUGCGAUGACGAAACCAACUUCACAUAAUUAUUGAAACAUUACCAGCUGCUAAACCAAUAUUAUGUUAUUUAAGAAUAAUGAAAAUUUGAAAAAUCAUACGACGCCGAAGUCGAAAGAACUUAAUAUUAUAUUGAUAUAAACGAGGUAUAAUCAUUUGUUUUGAUAUUUUAUUUAUUAAAAACUGUGUAAUAAAAUUGAUUUUAAUUUUCAA